AUGGAUGAGGACUCAGAAAACGUGGAAAUGGUAGAAUUUCAACUUGGAAAUUUUAUUGUUAAUAUUGAUUCUGAAACUGCAAGAAUGUUAUGCAAAGAUUCACAAAUGGCUCAGAACUAUCUGAAUGAACUACGAAGGAAAUAUCCAGAAGCUGAAGCUAGCACUUCUUCAAGUUCAAGCAAUGUUGCAGUUGCAUCAGCAUUGGAUAGAGCUGAUACCAUUGACUCUCCUGCUGGAAUUCCACAAAAAAUAUGGACUACCUCCAAAAAUCAGACACCGCUAGAUGUGGAAGCUGCAGCAUUUUUCCUGUCACUACGUAAAGAGUUGGAUGACAAGUUUAGGGACAAAAAAACUACUAACGCUACACUUUGGCAACAAAUUAGUGAAAAAAUGAAUGCCAAUGGAUAUUUUGUUGGUCAUGGCAUAGAGGGGAGAGAACGAUGCCGGCAGAAGUUUGCAAACCUGCAACAGACUUAUUUAAAAUAUAUUGAUCGAAGGCGUCAAACUGGAGAAGGAAAAAUAGAAAAACCCCCAUUUUUUGAUGAAAUGGAUGCCAUUUUGGGAAAGUCCGAUAAAACUGAUCCUGUUCUAAUAUUGGAUAGUAUACCAAUUGAAAACCCCAUCAGCAAUGAUGUGGGAAGCAGUGUAAAAAGUACAAUGGGGGAAAAGAGUAUUGACUUGCAUUCAUCCCAACAAAAAAAAACUGAGAAAGUAGAAGGAGCUAAUAUUCUGCAAAACAAAUUUCUAAAUGCAAAAACAACUUUAAAACCAAAAAAAAACGAUUUCUAUGAAAAAUUUUAUGACCUAUCAGAAAAAUCAGAAGAAAGAAAAAUAAAACAAUUUGACAAUAUGAUGGAGCUUAUGAAGGAUGAGUCUCAGAAGAGACAUGAAGAAGUUAUGGCAAUGUUACGGAUUAUGGCCCAGAAAAAACCAACAAAGAAACGGAAACGUGACAGUAGUUCAGACACUGAUUAGAUUGUAGUAGUAUCCAACAUUGUAGGUAUCAUAUUAAUUUUUGCUGUUAUUAAGCUCAAUCUUAAGAUUAUUCUGGUAGUAAAGGGGAGUGUUUGAAAGGAAAAUUUUAUUGAAAACCUGCA